AUGCUAAUGAGCGCCUCUCCCACAAGGCCGCGCGCCGGCGUCGACGCGGCCGGCUCCGGAGCCCUUUGUGAGGGCCGCGGGCGGCGCCGGACCGCGGCACCAUGAGCGGCUCGGCCGGGGCGGCGUCGGCGUCCGCCAGCUCCGCGCCACCCGCGCAGGAGGAGGGCAUGACAUGGUGGUACCGCUGGCUGUGUCGCCUGUCGGGCGUGCUGGGGGCCGUCUCUUGUGCGAUCUCUGGCCUCUUCAACUGCGUCACUAUCCACCCUCUGAACAUCGCGGCUGGCGUGUGGAUGAUCAUGAACGCCUUUGUCCUGCUGCUGUGCGAGGCGCCCUUCUGCUGCCAGUUCGUGGAGUUUGCAAACAUGGUGGCGGAGAAGGCGGACCGGCUGCGCGCCUGGCAGAAGGCUGUCUUCUACUGCGGGAUGGCCGUGGUUCCCGUCGUCAUCAGCCUCACCCUGACCACGCUGCUGGGCAACGCCAUCGCCUUUGCCACGGGGGUGCUGUACGGACUCUCCGCUCUGGGCAAGAAGGGCGACGCCAUCUCCUAUGCCAGGAUCCAGCAGCAGAGGCAGCAGGCGGAUGAGGAGAAGCUGGCGGAGACCCUGGAGGGCGAGCUGUGACGGGCGGGCGCCCUCCCCCACGCGCUCCCCUGGCUCCGUGUGAGACCCAGAUGAGGCCUGGACGUCGACCCAGAGGACAGUCCGGCGGAGGCACCCUCUGCCCCGUCCCCAGUCCCCCGUCUGCCCGGUCUCCACUCUGCGCUGGGCCCGGCUGCAGGACUGCAGGCCGGACAGAGCCCACGGCAGCUCAGCAUGGGCACCAGCCCCGCUCCCCGCCCAGCAGCUCUGUGGACCUCGCACCGUGGGCAGCACCGCUGCCGGGCUGCCCGGGCCUGGGGCAGCUCCCCCACGUCCAGCCGGGGCCCGCCUCUGGGUCCUUUGCCUGGGUGCUGGGCAGAGGGGCUGGCCCAGCCCUCUGGCAGGUGGAGGCCCUGGGGCCCGGGACGGCAGGGCGGUGUCCUGAGCAGCCUCGGCAGUGACGGGACAGCUCGGUGGGGGUGCUCCCUGCCGCGUUCCCUGGAGUCUUGGACACGAGCCACCCGGGACACCCUGCUGCCCCACCUCCCACGGGCCUGGCUCGGGCCACUAGGUUUUGCCCCUCCCCCCCGCCCUGGUGCUAAGGAAGUGGGGAGAGCAGGCCCUCCCUGGCGCCUACGAGGGCCCCCACCGUUCUGGCGUGGUCCGGCCACAUCAGCAGUGGCCCAAGCCCCCACCUCAGGUACUCCUGCCGGCCUGCCCCCAAGCCCUUUCUGUAGGAAACUUCUGCCUUUUCGGAGCAGGGCAGAGGCCAGAGUCACCCACCACAGAGAGCUGUCCCCACUGCCCUGUGUGCUAGGCCACCGGGAGCAAGGCCCAUGCAGGGAGAGGUGCUGCCUGGAAGUGGAUCCCAUCCGCCCUGGGCCUGUGGGCUCCUCCGGUUGCCGGGUGGGCCUCGGAGUGGCUGGUGUGGAGGACGCUUGCUCUGGGCCCAGCCCCAGCCCGCCCCGGGCCCUGGGCUCCCAGAGCUCAGGGACUGAGCCUUGCUGUGGAGACACCAGCCCCAUCGCUGUGCCGGGGCCGUUCCCAGGACCUGUUGUGCCCGGCAGCGUUGGGACAGGAGCACAGGCUCCCAGGCUGGGAGGGGGCACUCGGGCCCUGCUCACGACUGCCCUGGGGACUCACCCGUGGGCUCCUGCGUCACUAGCAGCCCUCCGGGGAUCUGGCCUGGCGAGCCCCAAGGUGGCAGGGCCAUGGUGGCCGGCUCGGUGGGACAUGUGCCUUCAGGGUUCCCCAGGCCACUGCUGGGUUCAAAGGGCUGUGUGUGUGUGUGUCUCCUGAGUGUGCAGUGCUGAGACCUGUGUGUGUGUGUGUGUGUCUCCUCCGAGUGUGCAGUGCACAAGACCCGUCUACCUCCUGGGGGGGCAAGGCCCGCCUGCCCCCUCUUGCCCAGGUGGGGGCUCUGGGUCCCUCCGGCCCCUGCCUGAGGAGCAUCGCUGGCAGCAGGAGGAGGGCUUGGCUGUGUGUCAGGAAGGUCACACUCGUGCCCUGUGGGGGAGCUGGGUGGGUGCUGGGCAGGCCAUGGGGUUGGGUGCAGAGGUGGACAGGCCCUCGGUCACAGGCCAGAGUGGGCAGGUCACUUGCCCGAGGUUCCCAGUGAGCCCAGAGCUGUGUGGUCCUGGGGCCCAUCUCCCAGCAGAAGCACCAUCGGCAGGGGUGCCGCCUUGCCGGAAUGUCUGUCCUUAUGGCCGAGGGCUCCGCCCCUGCCUAAGGUUCUGCCCUGCGCCUCGGAGCCUGUGUGCCCCUCACUGUUCGGCCUGUGUCUUGAGCAAUAAAGUGGGGCUGAAGUCGG